ACCUUGAAAAUGGUAGCUUCACCGUUGCUUCGUUCUGUUGACAUUAAUAGCCUUUUGCCUCCAAAAGCCACCAAUAGGAGGAGUUUUCGCCCUGUGUUGUUACAGAUAUAAGAUACCACUUGGAGAAGUAAUCAUUACAGCAGGCAAGUUUUGGUUGCAGUCCCCGCUUGAUAUUCCCAGGUUAAUUCAUACUCUCUCUCUCUCUCUCUCUCUCUCUCUGGGCUCUGCAGACAAUCAAAUUUGCAGCCAUGGAAGCUUCUUCAGGUUUAACGACAACUUCGGAAUCUAUCAAUCACAGUGAUGAUGGCGAAAAGUAUGCUAAUGGUGUCAACUGGGAUGAACUGGCAUUUGGAAUAACUCCAACUGAUUCGAUGUACACCAUGAACUGCUCCGAUGGAAACAACUUUUCGCAAGGACAUCUCAUUCCGUAUGGAAAUAUUGAGCUUUGUCCAUCUGCUGGAAUUUUGAAUUAUGGACAGGGACUAUUCGAAGGUCUUAAGGCGACCAGAACAGAAGAUGGUCGUAUUAUGCUGUUUCGGCCCCAAGAGAAUGCUCUAAGAAUGAAGAUGGGUGCAGAGAGGAUGUGCAUGCCAUCUCCAUCCGUUGAGCAAUUUGUUGAUGCUGUGAAGCAAACUGUCCUCGCCAACAAGCGUUGGGUACCACCUCCAGGAAAAGGAUCACUAUACAUUAGGCCUUUGCUCAUGGGAAGCGGAUCUGUUCUUAAUCUUGGGCCGGCACCAGAGUACACACUCCUGAUAUAUGUUUCUCCGGUUGGUAAUUCUUCUCCAGUUGGUAAUUACCACAAGGGAAGGGCAUCCCUGAACUUGUAUGUUGAGGAUAAACUCCGUAGAGCUACUCCCGGUGGAACUGGAGGGAUAAAGUCUAUCACCAAUUACGCACCCGUUUACCAGGCACAAAAGCAAGCAAGAGCCAAAGGAUUCUCUGAUGUUUUAUACCUAGAUUCUGUAACUGGUAAAAACAUUGAGGAGAUUUCAGCUGCUAACAUUUUCAUUGUGAAGGAUAAUGUUAUUUCCACUCCAGCAUUAGUGCAUGGAACUAUUCUUCCCGGAGUUACUCGUAAAAGCAUAAUGGAGAUUGCCCUUGAUUUAGGUUACCAGAUGGAGGAGCGUCUAAUUCCGCUGGAGGAGUUGCUUGAAGCUGAUGAAGCUUUCUGCACUGGAAAUUCUGUAACUGUCAACCCUAUUGGUGCAGUAACAUAUGACACUAAAAGGGUGGAGUACAAAACAGGGGAGGGAACACUAUCUCAGAAACUGUAUGAAACACUUACAGGAAUCCAAACUGGUCGUCUCGAGGACAAGAAGGGAUGGACCCUGGAGGUCAACUGAGCUUCAAUCUCCUCCUAGAAUCUAGAUCCUUGUAUUAAUAUAUCGUACCAGAUCCCAAAUGUUUAGUCUUCUUUUUCACCAAUUUAGAUAUAGUACUUUCAUUCAGUAGAAUUUUAGGAUUUGGGGAAUAACUACUUCUGAUUGUAUUUCAAAUCCACCUAUAGC